UUGCUGUCAAAAAAUAUAACACAGCAAAGUGCAAAUCUUUGUGAAGGUGAAGAACUUGCUUUCGUGUGGUUGCUGUUCGUCGAAUUUUGAAUCAAAAUGAAGGUGUUGAAUAAUCUGAUUUUGAAACGAUCGUCCACCUAUUUCGCCGGCAUUGCUCUCAGCGUAUUCUUUUUUGAACGCGCUUUCGAUUUAGGCACCGACGCUUUUUUCAGAUCAUACAACAAGGGGAAACUAUGGGAUGACAUCAAACACAAAUACGAACAAUAGUUUAUUAAAUGUGUACAAUUUAAUGACUCAAUAAUCUGAACAGUAACUAAUAAAUUGUAGCGAGAACUGAA